AGUUGUCAUUGGAAAGUUUUGUAGUUAUUAGUGGAAAGCUAGGAAAAUGACGCGAGAGUUUUCCAAACAUCUGCUGAGGAAGUUUGUGGUGGAUGUCAUCCUUAUCAGUACACUGAUAUUCGCGAUAUACGCGACGAUGGCGUUCUGGCCGUCGUUUGAGCGCGGAUUCUUUUGCGGCGACGAGAGCCUCAUGUUCCCCUACCGCAGCGACACCGUCACCGUCACCGCGCUCAGGAUUUACGGCCUCUGCCUGCCUAUACUUGCGUUCCUGGUGUGUGAGUGGGUGUUACUCCGCAAGGAGGACGACACUGUCCGCUGUCUGUGGUUCGACGUGCCGGCCUGGCUGCGCGGCUUCUACUGCGCGCUCACGUCCUUCGGCUACGGCGCCUGCUUCAUAGAACUCACCACGAAUAUCGCUAAGAACGUUAUAGGAAGACCUCGACCGCAUUUCUUUGACCUCUGCAAGCCGUCAGUGAACUGCUCAUCACCAGAGUGGCAGCACCGGUAUAUCGAGCCGGGGCAGUACCGCUGCACCGCGCCGCCCACAGACAGCCUGGACGACAUGCACAUGUCUUUCCUCAGCGGACACUCCGCUUGGUCCGCCUUCACCAUGUUCUACCUCGCUUUCUACCUGGAGAAGCGCAUGGUGUGGCGCGGGACUCGCGUGCUGCGCCACUCGCUGCAGUUCGUUGCUGUCAUGCUGUCCUGGUACACGGCGUUAUCCCGCGUGUCGGACUACAAGCACCACUGGAGCGACGUGCUGGCUGGGUACUUCUUGGGACUCACUUUUGCCGCGCUAGUGUGGACGUGGGGCACGGAUAUCCUGGAGCCUAAGGACCAUCACAAGCCGGUCCCAACGACCGACGGCAUACCACUCCACAGACAGCGCUCUGAUGUGUGCUAGCACCCUAGUGGAUUUAGCAGCUACGUUUUCGUAACAUCAUACAAAUAAUGCAUGUUGAUAAUAAUGAUACUUACAGUUAUAGGAAAACUAUGUGUACGUAGCUGUUGAAUGUUCAUGCUAACACAUUUAACGCAAUCAAAACGUACCUAUACUAUAAAACAUUUACUUCAGAGAUUGUUUCAUAGGCCAGCCAUGGUCCAUGUCUGACAUUGACUUGAUAAAUCAACUAAGUAACUACCUAAUGUAGAUCCGUCAUCGUAAGAUUAAGUCGGCCUUAUAACAUUAAUAAUUACAAAAAACUUUGUCUUUGAUCUAAAUCCCUUUAUGAACGAGUAUUUUGUGUUUAAUACAGAAUGCACAAUAUUAAUUAUUAUUAUAAAUUGGUUGAAUAUUUUGUUUACUUUUAGUAUUUGAUAAAAUUAAGUGGAAUAGAUUGUUAACUGUCCGUCUAUGUAUAAAGUAUAUUGUAGGUAUAGCAUAAAUCAUAAUAAUAGAUGUUAAGAUGUUUAUUGAAGUUUCUCAAAAGGAGUUUUUAAGAAUUGUACUUUCAGAAACUAGAAAAAAGGAGAAAACCGAGAUAAGUAAACUAUAAAGUAAAAUGUGAUUAAUAAAAAGAUUCACCAACUUCAUACUUUAGUCAAAUAUUUUGAAAAAGGCCUAAAUUAAUUUAAUAGCAAAUAUAAUACUGAAAUAUUGCGUAAAUAGUAAGUAGGCGCGGAAUAUUAUUAAGUUUAAUACUAAGAAGUAACUAAGUAUUAGUA